CGUGAAAUAACGAGAGCAUUUUUCGCAGCGACAUCUAUUCGCGCUAAAAUUAUCGACCAUGAUUUGAUGAUAUGUUUUCGAAUAUAUAAUUCCGGUUUACUUCAGCAUCUUAGAUGCGUUGAUAACUUAAUUGCUUAAGUGUGCAGACAAACAACCUACAGAAUGCCUGGACACCUAAAGUAUAUCGAAGUGGACAAUUUUAAAUCCUACAGAGGCAGACAAAAGAUUGGACCGUUCAAGAGAUUCUCUGCCAUCAUUGGACCAAAUGGAUCUGGAAAAUCCAACUUGAUGGAUGCCAUCAGUUUUGUACUUGGCGAGAAGACAUCAAAUUUGAGAGUAAAGCGUCUAAGUGACCUCAUACAUGGAGCUCCUAUUGGACAGCCAGCUGCCAACAGGGCUUCAGUCACUGCUGUGUAUACUGGGGGAGAGUCUGACGACCAGGACUCAGAUAUUCACUUUACAAGGGUGAUUCAUGGCUCCAGUUCUGACCACAAGAUAAAUGGAAAGACGGUAAGUUCACAACAGUAUGCAGCUGAACUGGAGAAGAUUGGUGUGUUGGUCAAGUCCAAGAACUUCCUGGUUUUUCAAGGGACAGUAGAAAGUAUUGCUAUGAAGAAUGCCAAGGAGAGAACACACAUGUUUGAAGAAAUAAGCAGAUCUGGUGAGCUGAAAGAAGAAUAUGAUCUGGCCAAAGCAGAAAUGUUAAAGGCCGAGGAGGACACUCAGUUCAACUACCACAAGAAGAAGGGCAUAGCAGCUGAAAGGAAGGAAGCCAAAUUAGAAAAAGAUGAAGCAGAGCGCUAUCAAAAACUUAAAGAACAACUUAGUGAAAAACAAAUGGAGUUGCAGCUUUUUAAACUUUUCCACAAUGAAAGAGACAUUGAUGAGAUGUCGGACGAACUCAAUAGAAAGAACCAUCUGCUAGAGAAGGAAGUCCGGAAACGAGAAAGAAUUGAAGAAGAAAUAAAAGAAAAGAAAAAAGAACAGGGAAAAAUCACCAGAGAAUUAACAAAGAUUGAACAGCAGUUAAAGGAAUCGGAAGUAGAACUGAACAAGAAAAGACCGCUGUAUAUAAAGGCGAAAGAAAAGACCUCACAUAUGAUCAAGAAGUUAGAUUCAGCAAAAAAAUCUUUAAAACAAGCAAAGAAGACACAUGACAACCACGAGCAAGAGAUCCGAGAACUAGAACAGGAAUUGGAUGAAGUAGAGAAGAAACGACAGGAGUUUGAGGAAAGGAUAGAGGAAGAAUCCCAGUCACAGGGCCGAGAUCUCGACCUAGAGGAGUCACAAGUACAAGAAUAUCACCAUCUGAAAGAAGAAGCAAGCAAACGUGCUGCAAGGAAUACUCAGGAGAUGGAUUCCAUAACUCGUGAACAAAAAUCCGAUCAAGACAGAUAUGACAAUGAAAGCAGAAAAAGAAAUGAACUUAUAUCAAAAAUAAAACAGAAAGAAAAUGAAAUGGAAGAAAACAGAAAGCGAGUGGAGAAGUUAAACGAGUAUAUAAAGACUAGUAACAAUGCUGUGGCAGAGCAGAGGCAACUUGAAGAGAGUAUGUCUGAAGAUGUAGACACAGCAAACCGCAGAAUUGAAGAGAUCAAUGAUGAAUUAGCCUCCGUUAUGGACCAGCUAGGGGAGGCCAAGGUUGACAAGCAUGAGUCUGCUCGAGCGACAAAGAAGAAAGAACUUCUCAACAAUCUUAAACGGCUUUACCCAGGCGUGACUGGCCGUCUGAUUGAUCAGUGUGAGCCGAGUCACAAGAAGUACCAGGUGGCCAUUACUAAGGUGCUGGGUAAAUACAUGGACGCUAUUGUGUGUGACUCGGAGAAGACCGCCAAGGACUGCAUACAGUAUAUGAAGGAGCAACGCAUUGAUCCAGAGACCUUCUUACCCCUGAACUAUCUAGAUGUUAAACCAGUCAAUGAAAAACUCAGAGAAUUUUCUGAGCCACGUAAUGUGAAGCUGGUGGUGGAUGUGAUUCGUUCCGAUCCCCCUGUGGUAAAGAAGGCCCUGCUAUUUGCCUGUGGUAACUCUCUGGUCUGUGAGACUGUGGAAGACGCCAGGAAGGUAGCCUUUGGUGGACCAGAACGACACAAGUCUGUGGCAUUAGAUGGAACCCUUUUCCAGAAGUCUGGUGUUAUCUCCGGAGGUGCAAGUGACUUGAAGGCCAAGGCCCGGCGAUGGGAUGAAAAACAGUUGGGACAGCUCAAGAGUCGGAAGGAGAAAUUAUCUGAGGAACUGAAAGAACAACUUAAGAACAAGAGGAAGGAAUCAGAGCUGAAUACAAUUAGAUCACAGAUCAAGGGUCUGGAGACUCGACUCAAGUACUCGAUCACAGACAGGGAUAACACUCUCAACAAACAUCUUACUCAGAAUGAGAAGGAUCUCAACACGUACAAUGAAAUGCUCAAGUCUUUUGAUCCAAGAAUACAAGAGAUCGAGCGUCGUAUGUCCGAGCGGGGUGAUAAGUUAAAAAUUCUCAAGGAGAGGAUGAACAGGGUUGAGGAUGAAGUGUUCAUGACCUUCUGUAUACAGAUCGGUGUUGAGAACAUUAGGCAAUAUGAAGAACGAGAACUUAGAGUGCAACAAGACAGAGCCAAGAAGAGGCUGGAAUUUGAAAAUCAGAAAUUCAGAUUACAAAACCAAAUAGAAUUUGAAAAAUCGAGGGACACAAUCGCAAAUGUGAAGAAGUGGGAGAAGGCAUACCAGAGUGAUGAGAGAGAGUUGGAGAAGGUUAAGAAUGAUGAAGCUCGUCAUAUGAAGGUCAUAGAUGAAGAGAUGCAGACGCAGGAAAGAUUAAAACAACAACGUGUAACAUUCAAGUCCCAAGUGGAAGAUGAGGAGUCAGAUAUCAAUGAGGUCCGGAAACGACUUUCAGCUCAGCAGAAGGAGAUCAGUGCCGCUCAAAAACAAAUUAACUCUGUAGAAACAAAGUUAGAACAGAAACGAGCUGACCGACAUAGUUUACUGAAAGCUUGUAAGAUGGAUGACGUACAGAUACCGUUCAAGCGGGGAACAUUGGAGGAUAUAAACCGUGAAGACGAGCCGUCGAGUCAUCCAGAUGACAGCCAGGAUACGCCUAUGGAUAGUAUGAGCAGUCAAGGGGCCAAAGCAAUAUACGCCAAAGAGGCUAACAUUCUUAUCGAUUACAGUGUCUUAGAGGAGGACGACAAGGAGCUUGAAAUGGCAGAUGAGGUGAGGAAGCGUGAAAACCAAUACCAGAAGGCUGUGGCUGACAUGCACUCCACUAUACAAAGGAUUAAUGCACCCAACAUGAAGGCAAUGGAAAAACUGGAUGGUGUUAGAGAAAGAUUUCAGGAAACAUCAGCAGAGUUUGAGGAUGCCAGGAAACGAGCAAAAAGAGCCAAACAGGCCUAUGAGAAAGUUCGCAAAGAGCGAUACGACCGAUUCAUGCAUUGCUUCGAGCACGUAGCCACUAGAAUCGAUGAGAUCUACAAGUCGCUAGCUCGUAACCAGAGCGCCCAGGCUUUCCUCGGGCCCGAGAACCCUGAAGAACCUUACCUAGAUGGUGUUAACUACAAUUGUGUUGCUCCAGGAAAACGAUUCCGACCAAUGGAUAACUUGUCUGGUGGUGAGAAGACGGUAGCAGCUCUGGCUCUCCUGUUUGCAAUUCACAGUUACCAGCCCGCCCCCUUCUUUGUGCUGGAUGAGAUAGAUGCAGCUCUGGACAACACCAAUAUUGGAAAGGUUGCCUCUUACAUCCGGUCACAGUCUGAAAUGAGCUUCCAGUGUAUAGUGAUCUCACUGAAGGAAGAGUUCUACAAUAAAUCAGAUUCCCUCAUAGGAAUUUACCCAGAGGUUGGUGACUGUGUAAUUAGCCACGUAUUAACCGUCGACCUCAAUGAUUACCCAGAAUCCCAAAUAGGCGAAGAUGAAGACAGUCCCAGCAAGUCACGGUAGUUGACACUUGGACAAGAAUAUAUUUAUGUAUAGUGCAAAUUUUAUCGUUAUAAUGUGUGUUUGCUUAAAUGCAAAUUCAGUGUAACUUUGUUAAGAUUUCUGAUCCCAUAUAUGUAGAGGUAAUAUGAACUGAAUUCCUCAUUUCAUUUUACUUGAUUUCUACAAGAUCUUUUUUUUUUUUUUUAUGAAGCUAAUUAAAGUUUAGCCCCUUUGUCGGCUUUAUUUGGAUCAGUUUGAUAGAAACAUCAAUUUCAUUUAUAUAAAAAAAAAAAUCAUACACAUUGUUUUGUUCAGAGAUGCAUAAAUCAUUUCAUUGUAAAUAGAUAUUUUUAAAAUGACCUACUUUAUUUAUCUGCAAUAUUGAACAAACUAGUUGUUAGUGGAUAUAUGUAUUGUAGUUAUACGAGUGUUGUAAAUACACAAAAACUCUUAGGAUAUUUAGUUUGUUUACCAAUUUUAUGUUUCACUGUACAUAUUCCGACUCUUACUAGCAGUAAGCAUGAAACAUUUAUAAAGUUUAUGAACCAUUGUCAUAUUGGUGAACUGGGAAAUCUGGGUUCAUUGCAGGUGUAUUUAGACAACAUAUGUUAGGAAAAUAUUCUAUUUCUUGUGCUUAGUAAUUUCUGAACUUUUCAUCUUUGGUAAACAUUUUCUUUGAUUGUUUCAUGGCUUUUUCGAUUUUAAACAAGAAUAUGGCUAAUUCUAAAUCCAAAAUGUCUGCCAUAAUCUUCGUUUGAUUUUGUACAAUGUAACAUAGCAAAAUUAUAACCUGUUGGUAAUAUAUUCAAACAAAAUCUUUCAACCAGGAAAACUGUAAAAGAAAUCUCUACCAGAUCACCUUCAAUUCCUAGAGCUCCUGUCUAAAAACUUGUCCGUAUCAAAAUAACCUAAUUAAGACGAACUAAUGAAGUAUUGAUGCGGAGAACAUUAGAUUUUCUUAAAAUUUUCAGUCAUAAUUACUAUUUGUCUGAGAUGCAGUAUGUUUUUCAAAAUAAAUCUGAUGAAAAUAAUGCACCUGAAUAUUCUAUAACCUGGUUUACAGUUAAAUGUCAUGUUUCUGUUACUCUGUACAGCUGUGUUUUAUCGGAGUUUUACACGUGUAGGUUUUAUGUAGUAAGAGUGGGAACAAUGUUGCUAUAUCUAUUGUUUAUCAACUACAUCAGUGCGUGUUGUAUUUGUUGUAAUGUGGACGACUUCUUCGCAGACCAAGGAUAUCCACUGUGCUGAUUAAAUGUGACAUCCUUGUAGCUUAAACUUUUGUCUCACAAAACCAUAUUGUCCUGAGUUAUACUUGUAACACUGAUUUGUACCAGAUUAUAGAGGGAAAAGAUAUUUUUGAUACAUCGUAUCAUAAACAAACCAUUCGUAUCAUCAUAAUGUUUAUUUCAUGAAUUGACAUACAGAAUAAGUUGCAGGAAAUGUUUGGACAAGAACAUGCAAAUUUGGGGAGAAAUCUAUCGCGAUGUAAGUUUAAUAUUGGGUAUAAUUAUGUUACCAACAUUUCUCUAAUGAGCUAUUUUGAUUGGUUGCCUGGUUACUAUGGUAUCACUGCACUCUGUCAAAGCAGACUUGUUUAAUUCUUUAUCAUGGUCAUUGAUAAUAAAUUAAUUUGUAAAAGUU